GUGGGGAUCGUAACAGACAGGUUGGGAUUUCUUAGCCUCUCUUCAAAAUUGGCAAAAUUGGACCAGUCAAUUGGUCUUACCUGUUUGGUAUUAGAAGAGUGAAGACCUUGUAGGACAGUGUGAAGUGUUUAUUUUGACAGUUCCGGAAUGGUGAAUCUGUUUUGUCGCCUGCCCGAAAGGGCAGUUUUAGCCCUCAUGUUAUUCUCAGCGUGUGCCAUUUCCUACAUGCUGAGGGUUAACCUUUCCAUAAACAUCAUAGCAAUGGUCAAAGCACCAGGAACACAAUAUAACAAAACAUCGACAUACGUACCAACAUGUAUAGCAAGAGCUGUAACGAAUGUCACAGUACGGGAGGUUUCAGAAGAAAAAUUUGAAAAAUUGACAUCAGAAAUGGAACCGGAAGAGGACAACAAGGCUCCACUCCUUGAAUGGGAUCCCCAAACACAAGGCUAUGUGCUAGGUGCUUACUUUUGGGGGCAAAUCUUUUCUUGCGCCCCUGGGGGACUUGUUGCUGAAAGAUUCGGGGCAACCAAAACAGUCUUAGUUUCUACCAUUAUUGCCGCAGUUUGUACCUUUUUCAUACCUAUGGUUGCACCUCUAGAUUGGACCAUGGUGUGGUUGUUGAGAUUAGUCACAGGAAUUAUGGGGGGAGUAAUUUAUCCAUCUUUGCAUUGUCUCAUCUCGAGAUGGGCUCCACCGGAGGAAAAAGGAAAAUUCAUCGGAUCACUCCUUGGAGGCAGUUUGGGCACAGUUCUGACUUGGCCUUUACUUGGCAUAAUCAUUCAGAAAUGGGGAUGGCCUUCAUCAUUCUUCGUUCCAGCUGUCAUUGCUGUUCUAUGGUGUGCCCUGUGGUUCUUCCUGGUUUCGGAUUCACCACAAGACAGUACUAGAAUUAGUGAAGAAGAACGGACGUACAUCCAAAACAGCUUGAAGGGAUUGGGUAACACCGAAAAGGUUAUCCCUCCUUACCUCCAAAUCUUCACAUCUGGACCCGUUUGGGCUUUCAUAAUAGCACAUUUCGGAAACGCAUGGGGUCUAUUCUUCCUAAUGACAUCAGGCCCUAAAUACAUGUCUUCCGUCUUGGGCUUCAAACUGGAUAGUUCUGGCUUCCUAUCAGCCCUCCCAUACUUAGCCAGGAUGUUGUUUGGUUUCUUCUUCGGCUUCAUGGGCGAUGUGAUUCGGUCGAACAAGUGGAUGAAGACUACGACCAUCAGGAAAUCUUUUAUCUUAUGCUCCCAUAUCAUCCCAGGAGCACUACUUUUCCUUCUGACAGCUGCUGAAUGUGACGUUGUCUGGACAGUCACUCUAAUAACAUUUUCUCUUGGAGUUAACGGUGCUUCAUCGAUAACCAAUCUGGCCAACUCCCAAGAUCUCUCACCAGCGUUUGCCGGCAGCUUGUAUGGAAUAGCAAACACAAUUGGAGGUACCACUGGGUUCAUUUCGCCCUUUGUCGUUGGCUAUUUCACCCAUGAACACAAUGGUAUUGAUGAGUGGCGUAAGAUAUUCUACAUAGGCGGUGCUGUGUACAUCAUCACAGGAUUAACCUUCUGCAUCUUUGGCAGUGGAGAAAACCAAAACUUCAUAAUUGAUGAGAAACCAGCGAAAUCAGAAAAAGAUCAGGAGACAGGCAUUGAGAACAGCGCCUUCGAUGGCGAUGAUCGUAAAAACAACACAACACAAAUUUAAUCAAGUUGAACAAUUCAAUUAAAUAUGCUCACUAAAUGUUAAUUGAACAAAUAUUUAAUAUGUUUUUAACGUCUUCCAGUAUUCUACCAAAGACUGAUUAAAAAGUGAUAGAAGGCUAUAUUCUUCAUGUGAUUUUGUAAAUACAUAUUAUAAACAGAUGAUUGUAGAUAAUAGUUUUCAGUGAUGAAACAACCGUGGAUACGAUUUUUAUCAAUUUAAAUAUUUUAGAUGUAUAUAUUCUCUCAAAGGUUUUUUAAUAUAAUUAAAUAGUAGUAGUCAA